AUGUUAUUUCAAAAUAAAACCCUGAAAACCACAGAAGAAGUUGCUCUUCAGACCUUUUUGCUUUGCCAGAUUGGGGUUGGGACUGUGAGCAACAUCCUUCUGUUUGUCCAUAAUUUCUCUCCAAUUCUGACUGACUCCCAACUGAGGCCCAUACAGGUCAUUCUAACCAACUUGGCUGUGGCCAAUGCUUUCAUUCUGCUUCCCUUGCCAUUUUCAUACAAUAUGAUGGGUUUUGUUCCAAGGAAGCCUGCAACUGACCUCACAUGUAAACUUGGAUACUUCUAUCAUGGGGUGGCUCGAGGCACAAACAUGUGCUCCACCUGUGCCCUGAGCACCUACCAGUUUCUCACUCUUGUUUCUGGUAACUGGGCUAAGGUCAUGUCCAGAGAAAUAUCCUCCAAAGUUCUAAGUUAUUCUUGUUACAGUUGCUGGUUGCUCAGUGUCUUAAACAGUGCUUACAUACCAGUAAAGGUCAGUGGUCCGCAGAAAUCACAUAAUGAAACUGAUUCUAAAGGCAUGUGGGUCUGCUCCACCUCUGGGUUCAGUGUAGGCAUUAGAUUCUUGCGGUUUUCUCAUGACACCAUGUUCAUUGGCAUCAUGGUCUGGACCAGUGUCUCCACGGUGAUUCACCUAAACAGACACCACAAGAAAAUGCACUAUAUACAUAACACUAAUCGGAACCAUAGAGGUCAGGCUGAGACCAGAGCAGCCCACACCAUCCUGAUGCUGGUGGUCACAUUUGUGAACUUUUAUAUUCUGGAUUGUAUUUGUACUUUACUUCACAUUUCUUUUGUGGACUCUCGUCUCUGGUUGAGACAUGUCAAAGAACUUCUGGCUCUAAGCUUCCCCACCAUUUCUUUACACAAUGGAGUAUUACUCAGCUAUUAA